UGCCAUCCACACAACCCACCCUCCUCUGAGCUGCGCCAAUGGAGGUUUGCUACAGAAUGGAUUCUGUGUCUGUCCCGUUGAAUGGACUGGAACAAACUGCUCAAUAGAAACUUUCUGCAUGGAAGAAACCAUUCAAGGGUUUAAUUUCCCAACAACUACCAUCGGUUGGUUCGGUUAUUCUAAGCAGAAGUGUGGACCUAAUACAUCGAGUGGGAAUGUGCCAAGGGCUUCAGCAAGGUGUACCGGUCAAUAUGGGAAUCCAAAGUUUGAUACCCCAAAUUUCUUACAGUGUGACAUAACUUUCAGCAACAUUCAAGGAAAUCUAUCCAUGAACACAUCUGAUUUGCUGCAGUUAGCGAGCAGCACUCAGAUUCUGACGUCAAAUCCAGAGACUCUAACAGCUGAUAAUGUUACCAAGGCGAUUGACAUCACCAACACCCUCCUUGAAAGGUCUUCAAAUAUCUCGGAGGCAGUUGCCGUGGCAGCAUUGACCACUGUUAGUCAGCUGCUGGAGGCUUCUGUACCGGACAGUGUGGCAGAGAUGUCUUUAAACCUAGCUAGAAGUUUAGAGAAUAUCUUACAGGGGUCAGACGAGACAUCUCUAGUGGCCCAGCCCAACCUCGCUGUCCAGUCUGUCGUACUAACCAGUAACAACACAGUCGGCGUCCAGUUCUCUGCACUAACAGGAUUAUCUGGUAGUUUUGCUGCUGAUAGAAUUAGACUGAAUACCAAUGCGUCUGAACUUGUGUCUGACGAUCGAGAGCCCACUGAUGUCCAGAUAUUCAUUAGAUUAUCACCAGGAGUGCCGCGUCGAAGUUCUGACAUCUCUGUUGGAUUUGUGCUCUACCAGAACGACAGGUUCUUCAGGUCAAGGGAUUUCAGAGCCCUCUUGGGCAGUCAUAGAAGGGUCAUCUCGGGAAAUGUGAAAGGAGCUGGAAGGAUGGGUUUUGACCAUGUGGAAAUGGUCUUCAGACCAGUUAAUGUCCCCAACACAACCCUCUAUGACUUUGCAUGCGUGUCCUGGAACUACACCAAAAGUGAAUGGAGCACAGAAGGGUGCUACAAAUUCAAAGUUUCCCUUGAGGCCCUGCAUUGUUUUUGCAAUCAUACCACCAACUUUGCUGCUCUAAUGGGUUGAUUAUGUCUAUGCUGAAGCCCUGGACUGGAUCACCUAUCUGGGGUGUUCCAUGUCUGUUGUGGGCUUGGUUAUCGCAAUCGUUUUUCACGUCAUGACCAGGAAAUCCAGUAACAGCAGCCCAGCACUCCUGAUGGUGAGCCUCUGUGUCAGCCUCCUCAUCUUCACCCUCCUCUUCCUGCUGGGGAUCAACAACACCGACCCACAGUCCCGUGAACCUGAAGACAUGGACGCCAACGUCAUGCCUUCCUCUGACCUGCACGUCGACCCAGAUCACGGACCAUGCACUGCCGUGGCAGUCUUGCUGCAGUUCUUCCUGACGGCCACCUUUGUCUGGAACUCUCUCUAUGCCUCUCACAUGUUCCUUCUGCUCUGGAACCCCCUGAGGAGACCCCCAUCCUACCUCCCGACUGUCACCGUGGUCACUGGAUGGGCAGUUCCUGCUGUUCUCGUUUCCAUCACGUUGGGAGUCACCUACAGAGUGGACGAUCCAUUAAACUACCGACAGGAAGAAUU